AUCCAGAAGCUUCUCUCCAUCAUCAGCUCCCCCCUUCUCUGGUUCGGACAUCUCGUCGAGUUUUUCCUCAACUUCUUCUCCCUCAACGGCGGAUUCUUCGGCAUCCUUCCCCGCUUGCUCACAUUUUCUGUGGUGAUUCCGAGAAGGCACGCGGCUAAUUUCAGAUCUAUUAUCUGUCACAUUGAUGGACGAUAUGAGCUAUUUAGGAGCAUUUUUCUGAGCGAUUAUACUUCGAUAGAGCCGAUUCCAGGGCUGGACAUCAAUCCCUUCUGCCUCUCGAUGAUGGCGGCGAAGCUCGCCUAUGAGAACGGGGCUUUCAUCGAAAACCAAGUCAAAAAAUACUGGAAGAUGCAUUUUGUCAGAUUCUUCAACUGUUGGAACAAAUUUUUGAAGGUGAAAGGAACCCAAGCCUUCAUCUGCUGCGACAAAGCCGACGACGCCAAUGUCAUCGUCCUCGCCUUCCGCGGCACGGAGGCCUUCAACGCCUUCGACUGGAUAACAGACGUGGAUCUCUCAUGGCUCAGCAUGGGGAAAUACGGCAAAGCCCACCUGGGCUUCAUGAGAGCUCUCGGCCUCCAAGACGAGAAGGACAUCGAAAAAGGUUUCCCCCGCGAGCACCCCGAGCUCGACGAAGGCAGGUUCAUCGCCUACUACGCCAUUCGGGAGACGCUGAGAGAGCUGCUGGAGAAGCACAAGCGAGCCAGAAUCAUCAUCACCGGCCACAGCCUCGGCGGCGCUCUGGCGAUACUGUUUCCGGCGAUAUUGGCCAUGCACGAGCAGCAGGAUAUCAUAGACAGAAUCCAUGGGGUCAUGACUUACGGCCAGCCGAGGGUUGGAGAUGCGGAGUUUGGCCGAAAUGUGUCGGCGGUGCUGAAGUCGAAGUAUCAUAGGAUGGUUUACAGGUAUGAUAUUGUGCCUAGGGUUCCGUUUGAUAAGCCGCCCGUGGCUCUGUUCAAGCAUUUUGGGACUUGCAUUUACUUCACCAGUUGGUAUGAGGGGAAGGUGGUGGAGGAAUCUCCGAACCCUAAUUAUUUUCAUCCAUUGUUCUUGUUCUCCAUGUACUUGAGUGCAGUGGGGGACUUAACCAGGGCUUUCUUGUUGGGAUUACUUCUGAAGGAUUUUGAGGAGGGGUACGUCUCCCUUCUGUUUCGGACUUCAGGGCUUCUCAUACCAGGAAUUGCGUCUCACAGCCCAAGAGAUUAUGUUAAUGGUGGAACGAUGGCCAAAAUAAUUGCUCAGAAGAUCUUGAACAGUGAGACAUGAAGAAGGGUGAAGUCGGGCAAAGGUUUGAUGAUCCGACGUUUUUUUUAUAAAAAUGUCCAAUAAAUAUCAUAGCUUGCUCAAAUUUUAAAGCAUUUUGAUUGGUUAUGAUAAGAUCUGAAGUGCUUUGAGAUUUGUGUAGAAUGAUGUCAUGAUGUUUGGAAGAUUUUGGUUGUCUAUACUUGGCUUGAUGUAAUGAAAAACGCAGCUUUUAUCAAGAGUUUAUGUUCUGUUUUUGCAAUGCAAUGAAGUUCACUGUGAUAAUUUUUCAA